UUCAUCCUUUAAUUAAAAUAACUAAGCUUUAAAGAAGAAGAAAAAUGAUGGGUUCCAAGGAAUUUCUAUUUCUUGGCAUUCUUUUGGCUAUUUUUGCAAUGAUAAGCUGUGAGACCUCAAUGAAAUGGGAUGACAAGAAUGAUGAACACCAUGAUGGAUAUAAUGGCAUUGGCGGAUAUUCUGGUGAUGGACGUGACGAAUAUAAUGCUGGAUAUAACUCUCAACGUGAUAAAUAUAAGUCUCCUAGUGAAGAAUAUAAGUCUCGAGGUGACAAAUAUAGACCCCCAUAUGACAAAUACAAACCUCCUAGUGAUGAGUACAAAAAUCCACGUGACAAAUAUAACUUCCCACAUGACAAAUAUAAGCCUCCUAGAGAUGAAUAUAAACAUGCAGGUGACAACUAUAAUCCCUCACGUGAUAAAUAUAAGCCCCCAAGUGAGGAAUACAAGUCUCCAGAUGACAAAUACAAAUCCCCUAGUGACAAAUACAAAUCUCCAGGUGACAAAUAUAGAUCCCCAUAUGAUAAAUACAAACCCCCUAGUGAUGAGUACAAAUAUCCACGUGACAUGUAUAACUCCCCACAUGACAAAUAUAAGCCUCCUAGAGAUGAAUAUAAACAUGAAGGUGACAACUAUAAUCCCUCACAUGAUAAAUAUAAACCCCCAAGUGACGAUUACAAGUCUCCAGGUGACAAAUACAAAUCCCCUGACGAUGAAUACAAAUCUCCAAAUGACAAAUAUAAGCCCCCUAAUGACAAAUACAAGCCUUGAAGUGGUGCAUACAACCCUCCCAUUGGUGGCCAUGAGUAAGUGACUAGCCAAUUGUCUCAGAACAAAUCAUCAAAUAAUAUUAUAAAUCGUUGUAUGUAGUGGCAAGAUGUAUGAUAUAGUAAUGGUCUUGCUACUCUAAAAUCGUAUGAAUAAAACAUCACUCAGUUCAUAUGUAUGGUUGAUCAUGUAAUAUUUUGUUUUAAAAUGUAACACAAUAUACUGUGAUAAUAUAUUUUCAAUUUUCCAUAAUG